GUACAGUCAUCUGGAGGGAGGGGGAGGUAGACAGUUCUUAGCAUCAGUUAGUCAUCACUGUAACUUUCUGCAGCCAGAAGAGCAGAACUCGAAGCUUAAAUGGAUUUUGUCCCACGUUUGUCACUCUGGUGGAUUUUCUUUGGAUACCUCUGCUUUGCUGCUUCUGGAGCUGAACCGUACCAGAAAAACAUCGCAGCUGAUUCUGGGCAGGACGUCAUUCUGCCAUGUCAAGCUCAAAACUACAACAAAGAAAAUUUCCAGUGGAACAGAACUGACUUGGGAGAUGAAGAAUAUGUCUUUUUGCAUCGAGACAAUCUGUCUGUAUUAGAAAAUCAACAUUCAUCUUUUAAGAACCGGGUGGAUCUCCAGGACAGACAGAUGAAGGAUGGAGCUUUGUCUUUGAUUCUGAAGAAUGUGACGACUAAUGACACUGGAACAUACGAGUGUGGUGUUUUUAUAAAUGGAACAAAUGACCCCAUCAGCAUCAUCUCCCUGAGUGUUGAUCCUCCAGGUCAGACAGGAGGACACACAGAGGAUGGAGGGAAGGAGGAUGGAUCUGUUGGACUGAUCGCUGGUCCGUCACUUUCUGCUGUUUGUGGGGUUUUUUCUAUCUACAGAAAACAAACAACGAGCCUCCCACUGAGAUGCAGCCAGUUUGAAAUGUCUGAAUUUUCCCAACUAAAGUCUAAAGUCUCCUGCUGCUCCUCAGAGUUCACACUACUUUCAGUAGCCCAUCUCUGGUGGCCACACAUGGGAGCACAGCUGACACACAUGAACCUAACGACAGGACAGGAGACGUGAAACUAAAUACACUGACAUUGAAUACAGACUUUCAAAGUAAAACAGGAAACAUGGAGAUUAGACAUGACAUGAACUUAACAUAACUGUACAGACAUGAAACCAGGGAGACUGAGUACAGGGGAAGAUGGCAGAAACGACAACAUGACUUGGCAACAUAAGACACACAGACAUAAACACAUGAAGGGCAAGGGAGACUUAAUACAAGGGUAAUAUAAGGACAAAUGGGCUAGAAUACUUAAUGAACCGAAACAAACAAUAAACAUCAAAAUAGACUAAAACUCAAAACACUGGGUCGCACGACCCAGGACCAUGACAUAUAGAUUCCCUUAUUUAAGUCACAACUCAAAACCUACUUGUUUAAACUGGCUUACUUGCUUCAACACAGAUUUUAAUUGCUGUCAAAUUGUGUUUUUUGUCUUGUUUUUUUAUUUUGUUGUUCAUUUUGUUUAGGCCCUGAGCCAUUUCAAACCUAACUGGUGUAAUGUUACAUGCUUAGUCAUACAGUUAAAAGGAGCUUAUUUUCAUUUUUUCAUGAGUAUCUCCUUUGCUGUUACAGAAGUCUGAGCUCAUUUGUUUACAGUAAAUUUUCAUCCUUCUGAUUAAAGUGAAUUAGACCAUCUUUGCUGUAAACCAUGUCAUGUUCAUGGCUCACUGACUUUAUCUCUUCAAUAACAUUUGAUCACGUGUAUGCAAAUCUGCAACUCUAGGAACUUCAUAAGCAGCCUUAGAAAGCUGUUAAAACUCAGUAGACCCGAGCUGCGCUGUGUCAUUAAUGUGCUCCAGUAAAGACUGAAGGCCCUGUUAGGUUUGAGUUUUUUAGUUCAAGCUCAGAGAAACACAGCAACAACUGCCACCUUAAGUCUAUGUCAAGUUCCUGCAUUGGAAAACUACAUAAUGGGAAAUUACCAGGAUCUGCAAGAAACAGGAACUAUAUCAGUACUGUUAGCUGGAUGAGUCAUGGCUUAUAAUUACUGAGGAGUCUGAGGGAGACAGACACACACUGACCACAACAAAAUGUAAUUAAAGAAACACAAACACAUGUAAGUGACAACAAGUCCAUGGGUAACUUGGCUGCAGAGUUAGUGUGAGUGAGAACAAACCCCAACAUAUUACAAACCCAGCAGUUUUCCAGACUGGGAUUUUUUUUACUUCCUUAUUGGAAACAGGACAACUGUUAUAUUUGCAAGUGCAUCUUAUUAGAUUCUGUAACAGUUUUAAUAGCUUGCAAAUCUAGACGAGGGAAUAAAUGGAAUAAAACAUGGA